CUUUUAAUAAAACUGGUUUCUGAUUUUCUGGAGAGGAAGUAGAAAAAUGGAAAAGAAUUCGCAGAUCGAAAAUGGCGAUCAUGAAGAAGUGUUAGAGCAACAGAAGCAACCAAUCCCUUUACUAACUCCUUACAAAAUGGGCUCUUUCCAACUUUCUCAUAGGUACACGAAACAGAGUACUCUGUUUUUCUUCUUUUCUUUUUUUUUUUCCCCCGAAGGCUAUUGUGAUUCGGAACACAAUGAAACAAACUGUUUCUAAUUCUGGUUUCUAAUUAUGGCAAAUAUAUGGGAAACAGAGUUGUGAUGGCGCCUUUAACAAGACAAAGAUCUUAUGGGAAUGUACCACAACCACAUGCCAUAUUGUAUUACAGUCAGAGAGCAACCAAAGGGGGAUUUCUCAUAUCAGAAGCCACUGGAGUUUCUGACACUGCCCAAGGGUAUCCGGAUACACCCGGAAUUUGGACAAAAGAGCAAGUUGAGGCAUGGAAACCAAUUGUGGAUGCAGUUCAUGCCAAAGGGGCUGUUUUCUUUUGCCAGCUUUGGCAUGUGGGCAGAGUUUCUAAUCAUGGUGCCCAGCCCAAUGGACAGGCCCCAAUAUCAUCCACAGACAGGGGAAUAAAGAACAACGCCAAAACCAGUGGUUAUGAGAUUGAAUAUUCAACCCCUCGACGAUUAAACACCGAAGAGAUUCCUCACAUUGUCAAUGAUUUUAAGCUUGCUGCCAUCAAUGCUAUUGAAGCAGGAUUCGAUGGGGUUGAGAUUCAUGGAGCUCAUGGAUACCUAAUAGAACAAUUUUUGAAAGAUCACACCAAUGAUCGAACCGACGAAUAUGGUGGAUCAUUGGAAAAUCGUUGCAGAUUCGCCUUAGACAUUGUGGAAGCUAUAUCAAAUGCAAUUGGACCACAAAGAGUGGGAUUCAGGCUAUCACCUUGGACUGAUUUCUUAGAUGUUAGUGACUCAAAUCCAGCAGCAUUAGGCCUAUACAUUGCCGAGGCGUUAAACAAAUUUAAUAUCUUGUAUAUGCACGUAGUAGAGCCAAGAUUAACUAUAAAUGUAGCGGAGAAAUCCUCCGGCCGGCUCCACGAUAGCGAGAGUCUUGCACCGAUUAGGAAGGCGUUUAACGGGACAUUCUUGGCGGCCGGUGGCUAUUUGAGGGAUGAUGGAAACGAAGCCGUGGAGGAAGGUCGCGCCGAUUUGAUUGUUUAUGGGCGUUGGUUCUUGGCUAAUCCUGAUUUGCCUCGGAGAUUUGAGUUGAAUGCGUCACUUAAUAAAUACGAUAGGGCUACGUUUUAUACUUCUGAUCCCGUUGUUGGAUACACUGAUUAUCCAUUUCUUGAUGAGUCUACUACUUAUGCCGUCACAGCUUGAGCUGUUUUUAUUGAUCAAGGUGGAGUUUUUCAUGGAGACUAGUUUGAUUUGAUUGGGUAGGAAAAAUCAUUUGCAUAAUAAGAUUUGGAGCUAAUGGGCCAACAAAAAGUGUUUUAGUUACACUAAAUUCUGAAAAACUUUUUCCUUGUCAACUCCCUUUUUUUUUUUUGUUAAUAAGGGUUCUUGUUAGUUACACUGUUCUUGAACUCACUGGUUUUACACAAUGGUUCUGGUACUUUUGUUGGCAUAAUGUACUUGGGCCAAUUUUCAGUUUAAGAAGAAGCAGUCUAGCCCAAAUAAACUCAUGCUUACAUAGUUUUACUGUGGAUCCAUCUCUAUUUUAUUAUGGGCUUUACCGCACCUCCUUUUCUUUCCCCAUUUUGGAUUGAAUAUGGCAAGUGCUUCUAAAGUCACCACAAAGAAUGAAAUGGUUAGAAAACUCAAAGAGGCUAUUGUUACCGAUAACGGUUCUAUUUAAAAAAUCUCCGUC